GUCUUUGACCGAGACGAGGCUGCAAGAGGAGCUGAUGCUGCUGCUCCUUGGCGACGCUGAGGGGAAGGCAGGCUACAUCGGCGCCCCUGGAUCAUUCCCACGCUUUCGCAACCCACCAUCGAAACUUGGACCACCUUACCUACCAGGCACUCCUGCAAACAAGAAUGUUCUGCACCUAUCCGUAGGCCAGCGACACGAUGGAGGUCACUUUCGGAUCCAAGAACAGGGGCAUGCAAGUGGGGCAGAUUUUCGGGAACGCUUACUUCACACAGGCUGCACCAGAGAGGCCGGAAACGCCCCCGCGCCCAUUCGCGAGCAUCCCUUUCUCCCGCGACCGCGAUUUCGUAAACCGAGGAGAUAUCCUCGGCCAGCUCCAGAAGAGGUGUUCAGAGCCGGCCGGUCGAGUGGCUCUUUGCGGUCUGGGCGGCAUUGGCAAAUCGCAGCUGGCCAUCGAGCUUGCCUAUCGGAUUUCCGAACAAACACCUGACUCUUGGAUCUUCUGGAUCCACGCCGCCACCCAAGCUCGCGCCGAGGAGGGCUUCCGAGACAUCGCCGAUACCGUCAAGCUGCCCGGCCGGAACAAACCCGAUGCGAAUAUACCAAAGCUUGUGCACAGCUGGCUGUCGCAGAACCGGAACGGCCGGUGGACCAUCGUGCUGGACAGCGCCGAUGACAGCGACACGCUGUGCCAGCCAAGGAGCGAUGGGAACGCCAAAACUUUGGCAAGCUAUCUCCCGCAGAGCCCGAAUGGGUCCAUCGUCAUCACGACCCGCAACCGGGAUGUGGGGUUCAAGCUCACAGGGAGCUAUAUGGACAUCAUUGAAGUUGGGCCCAUGCGCGUGGCUGAGGCGCUCCGCCUCCUGGAGAACAGACUGGGCCAACUCGGCAAUCCGGAAGCGGCAGAGACGCUGGCACAGAAGCUGGACUGUGUUCCUCUUGCCAUCAGCCAGGCCGCGGCUUACAUCCAAGCGACACCGACAAGCUCGGUCCAAAAAUACCUGGGAGACUUUCUCAGCGAUGACCAUAGGCGGAAUCGUCUUCUCACACACGACGCGGCUGAGUUCCGACGGGAUGGCGCCGCAUCAAACGCCAUCCUCACAACUUGGCAGAUCUCAUUCGAUCAUAUCCGCUCGCACAGAUCUUCUGCCGCCGAUCUCCUAUCUCUGAUGAGCUUCUUUGACCGACAGGGGAUCCCUCUGUCGCUUUUGAAGCCGGGCAACUCGCGAGGUGUGCAGCGAGAUUCGGAUUGUGCAUCUGGCACACCGCAAGCCACCUCGGAGCAAGAUGACGAAUUCGAAGCAGAUGUCGCAAUGCUGCGAAGCUUUUGUCUUUUGUCCAUGACCGAGAACAACACAGCGCUCGAGAUGCACGCGCUCGUGCAGCUGGCCACGAGGAUGUGGCUGAAGCAAUCCGGUGGGCAGAAAGACAAAUCCCACAAAAGGUUUAUCAAACGACUGGCAGCGGCGUUCCCAAAUGGCUAUGCCAGAAACUGGGAAGCAUGGGAACAGUGCCGGCAGCUUUUUGCCCACGUCAAAGCCGCCGAAUACCACGGGCCACCCGAGGCGAAGGCGUGGGAGUGGGAAGUACUUAUGCGGGGUGGCGGAUGGUAUGCCUACAUCCAGGGCAACUAUGAUACCGCGGAUCGAAUGUUGCGAAACGCCCAAAGAAGCUCCGAGAGAUUAGGAAAGAACAACGAAUGGACGUUGGAUGUGACGCGCAUUCUGGCCGAGGUUGCCAUCAGGAGGGAGAAAUGGGCGGAAGCAGAAUUGAUACUAAUGGAGGUGGUGGAGACCAGCAAAGCCAAACACGGGACAGACCAUACCACCACGUUGACGAGCAUGGCCGCCUUGGCAGAGACCCUCUACGCGCAAGGCCGGUUGCAAAAGGCCGAAGAACUACAAGUGGAAGUGCUCGAAGCUGGCAAAGCCAAAUUUGGGGCCGACCAUUUCAUCACAAUGGGAAGUAUGGCCGACUUGGCAUCGACCUAUUACGCGCAAGGCCGGCUGGAGGAGGCUGAAAAGCUGCAAGUGGAAGUGUUCGAAACUUCCAAAACCAAACUCGGGCCCGACCAUCACACUACGCUGACGAGAAUGAACAGCCUGGCGUGGACAUUGAACAAGCAGGGUCGCGGUGAAGUCGCCUUGGGCCUGAUGAAAGAUUGUGCACAGCGUCGGCAGCAGGUUCUGGGUCCAGACCACCCAAGCACCGUUAUAUCGCUUGCUGCGGUCGCCGAUUGGAGCAAGAAUAAUGAAGGCGGAAGCGGCGGCGGCUCUUGCAUAGCCAUGUAGUUGAGCAGCGCGCCGCGGCCAGGAUGUGGCAGACGAGCGAGCCGAUGUCGCCGCCCUGACAGUGGUAGCCCGCGGUGCCGAAGCCGAGGGCAGACACCAUCGGCCCGUCCACGACGCGCACCACGGCCUCGAUGUCGAAGUCGCGGUCCGGCGGCGGCGGCGGCGGGCCGGAGAAGGAAGAAGCCCGGGAGGGAGGCGGAUGGUGACGUGAUAGGGCAGGGUGGCGGGAGUGUACCUACUUGGUCGCGAGCAGGGUCGGCUUGGGCGGCUGGGCGGCGCGCGAGAAGCGGGCGACGAAGUGGAUGUUGAUCUUGUCGCUGUGCCCGGUUGGGACGGACCUUGGCGGUGAAGUGGCGCUGUGGCGGCCGAGACGGUCUUGUUGCGUGGCCCUGCGAGGCGCGUUAACCUUUGUUGCUGGCCAUGUUGACGCUGUAUGGCACCAACGGCACCGACGUCCACCGAGUCGGGCAGCUGGCCGAAGCGCCCCUUCCACGAGACAUGCGAGACGAGACACGUGAGAGUUCAGAAAAACGAAUGACAUUAUUCAAAUCCCAAGCCCCUAUAAUUACAACCCCCCGAAAUGACACCCAGACCCAGCCUUUACUUCCCGAGAAUGACAUCGGC